UCCACUUUUUGUUACAUGGAAUACUACUCAUCAUGGACAUUCUCGCCUUAGAGGUUGCAUUGGUAACUUUGAUCCUUUACCUCUUCAUUCUGGACUAAAAGAAUACGCCAUUACUAGAAGAUUUCCACCAAUAAGUAUAAAAGAGUUAUCUCAUUUAACUUGCGGGAUAUCUUUAUUGACAAACUUUGAAGAUGCAGACAAUUAUCUUGACUGGGAGGUUGGCAUACAUGGCAUUUGGAUUGAAUUUUAUGAUGAUAAUAACCGUCGUAAAACUGCAACUUAUUUACCUGAAGUUGCAAAAGAGCAAGGUUGGACAAAAGAAGAAACAAUUGAUGAAUUACUUCGUAAAGGUGGGUAUAGUGGCCGAAUUACAGAAAAAGUUCGUAAUCGGAUUAUUCUGACACGGUAUCAAAGUGCAAAAUAUGUUAUCAGUUAUGACGAGUAUCUUGAAUAUACUGGACAAAAAGUUUCCAAGCAAAAAGUUAUUACAACAACCUAUGAAACUAGGAAAUCUAGUAAAUCAUCUAAACAAAAACAUUUAGUUGAUGGAUUGGAUCUUGAAGACUUGAAUUAG